AUGAUUGUGAGAGGUCCAAGCGGAGCCUCGCGGGUGGCCGACGCGUCGCUCGUCGCUCGCGCGUCCCGCGACGAGCGGGUCGAGAGAGGAGAGAACGCCGUACCCGCUGGCCGUGCACGCGUGCGGGGGACAAGGACGAGGCCCGGCUCGACCGACGGAACGUCCGCGCAGCACGGCGGCCCGUUAGGAUCUCACAGCGAGUUCGUCUUCCAGCCCGGCGAGCUCUUCUCGUCGCUGUCGCUGUGGGGCAACGGCGCCGGCACGCGCCUGGGCGCCAUCAAGUUCAAGACCAGCAAGGGGCGGGAAUUCUUCGUGAAGAUGACCGACUGGGGGCUGAAGACGGAGUACCCCAUCGACAUCGGCUCGGGGAUCUGCCUCGGCAUUGUGGGCAAGGGCGGCUCGGACAUCGACUGCAUGGGCUUCGUGUUCAUCAAUUCGGUGAAGCGGUCCGAGUUGAUCAACGUGACGUACCCGACGCUGCACCGGGAGCUCCCGAAGGUCCAGAUGGAGGAGAUCAAGUCCAUCAGCUACAAGAACCGGGGCUCCGUCCCGCAGACCUACAAGGUGGAGACCUCCAAGACGGUGACCAAGACCUCGUCGUGGUCGAUCGCGAACAAGCUCGAGGCGACCGUCAGCAUCAGCGUCACGGCCGGCAUCCCCGACGUCGUCGAGGUGUCGAGCGGCUUCAGCUUCACGGUGGGCACCGAGAGCACCCGCGGCGUUGAGAACUCCGAGUCGAAGACCGAGCUCCUCUCGUUCGACGUCACCGUGCCCCCGGGCAAGACGGUGGCCAUCGACCUACAAGGGCGACGGCCGAGACGCGGGAGAAGUGACGAGGACCGGCGCCCGCCCCCCCCACCCCGCGCUUCUUCGGCGCUUCUUCGGCGUUUCUUCGGCGCUUCUUCGGCGCUUCUUCGGCGCUUCUUCGGCGCUUCUUCGGCGCUUCUUCCGCGCUUCUUCCGCGCUUCUUCGGCGCUUCGUCCGUGCUUCUUCGGCGCUUCUUCGGCGCUCCUUCCGCGCUUCGCCGCCGCCGCCUACCUGUUCCCUGCGAAGGCCGAGCGUCGAAGUUGA